CAGGGGCAGAGCUGUGACCGCUGCGCCCCCAACUUCUGGAACCUGGCCAGUGGGAAGGGCUGUGAGCCCUGUGCCUGCCACCCCCAGCACUCGCUGGGCCCAGCCUGCAACCAGUUCACAGGGCAGUGCCCGUGCCAGCCGGGCUUCGGGGGCCGCACCUGCACCGACUGCCAGGAGAACCACUGGGGCGAGCCCAGCCUACAGUGCCGAGCCUGUGACUGCGACGCCCGCGGGGUCGAGAGCUCCCAGUGCCACCGCGCCACCGGGCACUGCUCCUGCCGCCAGGGGGUGUCGGGCGUCCGCUGCGACCAGUGCGCCCGCGGCUUCUCUGGCGACUUCCCCGACUGCCAGCCCUGCCACCAGUGCUUCGGGGACUGGGACCGUGUGGUGCAGGACCUGGCUGCCCGCAUCCGGGGCCUGGCACUGCGUGCCAAACACAUCCAGCAGACGGGCGUCGCAGGCGCCUUCGAGAGGAACUUCCGCCAGCUGGAGGAGAAGCUGGGCACGGCCCGGGCCAUCGUGGACGCCCGCAACGCCACCGCGGCGGCUGUGACCCAGCUGCUGCGCACCAUGGAGGAACUGCGGCAGCACAUCGGCGAAGCCACAGAGACGCUGACCCAGCUGGAGGGCGAGCUCACCACGGCACAGGACGAGAACUACAAUGCCAAGCGCGCCCUGGGCACCCUGGACCGCGGUGCCCGUGGCCUCAACCUCACCCUGCACGACCUGGCACGCCAGCUCCACCUGCUCAAGAACUCCAACUUCCUGGGUGCCUACGACAGCAUCCGCCAGUCCCACGCCCAGUCACGGGCGGCUGAGCAUGAUGCCAGUGCCUCCAGCCUGGCGGUGCCCAGCGCUGUGAGUGACUCAGCUGCCACCCGGCGCCGCUCGGAGCAGCUGAUGGCACGGAGGAGAGACAACUUCAACCGCCAGAGUGCGGCCAAUCGGCGGGCACUGAGCGAGCUGGCCACCAGGGCCCAGACACUGCAGCUGCGGGAGAUCAACGAGAAGGUGGGGGUGGGCGGGGGCUGA